GCCCUCCUCCUUCCCGCAAAGGAGGCAUCUUACAGUCUUACUCCAUCGUUGAUCGAUAUCUGGCAGCGCAUCUAUCAGAUCUGGCGUCAGCAUGCUCUCGCGUCUUCGCCGGAGGCCGCCAGGCGGAGUGGCAGCCGCGCAUUCAUCGGAGGCGCCAGCCGUGUCAUGGUCAACGCAACGCACCCCUACAAGGCACUUGUGCGGCCCGGCUGUGAGUCGAACUGCACCCGUGGGGCUGAGUUCUGUAUAUCACGGGAGACUGUUGUGGGUGGGUGGCGGAGGCGGGCGGUGGAUCAGCACGACGGCACGCAUGACGGAGAUGCAACGGGCGGGGCAAGGCGUGGCUGCCGCAUCCAGGUGACAGCUUGUCCGGCCGUGAAUGGAUGGAUAGAGAUGGAAUGGAGCGUCUGUGUGUUGUCAUGUCCGUGUGUCUGUCUGUGUGUGUGUGACUGGUGUCAAUCAGUGUGAGUCCCAUAGCGGGCAUUGACGUGACCGGCGUGCCUGACGUGGCAGUGCCCGACCUGGAGGCCGAGCUGCCCAUCGACUCACAGGCAUACCUCCUGCUCGACAGAUGCAGAGAACAGGUCUGCCCUACCAGCCAGACAACCUGUCAGAGACAAUGCCGCUCUCUCUCUCUCUGUGCGUGUGUGUGUGUCCGUAUUGUGCGUUGGAUGGGCCGAUCAUCAGGCUGAGUUGGCUGGUGUGGACCCCGGUGCGCCCUACGAGCCGCUGCUGGCCUUUGACAUGAUCCAGAGCUACAUCUAUCUCAUCAAGGAGAGCGUCGGCUGCCCAUGGUAGCUAGCCCACAGACAAUACGUACGCAGACAAUGGUAGGUCCAUUCUUGGUGUGUGUCACACAGGUGGAUGGCCAUCGUCGGCUCGACCGUGCUGCUGCGCCUGCUGCUGCUUCCCAUCCAUCUCGCUGUGGUCGGACACCACACGGCCGGCACAUCCACCUGUCUCUCUCUCUCUCUGUGUGUGUGUGUGUGUGUGUGUGUGUGUGUUGGUAUCAUGUGUGUGUGUGUGUGUGUGCGUAUGGUCCAUCCAUCCACCAGUUGCGGGACCAGCGUCGAAAGGCCCUGUUCGGUCCGAAGCUGCGUAUGCUGGAGAAGGCCGCCCAGGACCCUGACCUGGAUGACGACGUACGCAGGCACACCAACAGACAGACAGACAGACAGACGUCUGCGUUCGUUCGUUCGUUGGCUGAUGUCUGUCUGUCUGCCUGUCUGUCUGUGUGCACUGAUCUGAUCGCAUCGCAUCGCAUUGAUUGCAUUUGUUUGCAGGAGUCAGGACGGAAGCAGAAAGUGCAAAAGAAACUCAUGGUGAGUAGUAGACAAACAGGUCGGUCGAUGGCUGACUGCGUUGCCUGCCUGCCUGCCUGCCUGCCUGCCCUGCAUAUAGGAUUUCCGUCAGAAGCACAAGCUGUCGAUCAUCCCCACUCGGUUCCUGUCCUCCCUCGCGGUGCAGUUCCCCCUCUUCUACUGCUUCUACCAAACCAUGAGGUACGUAGGUGGGUGGGCUGCUGGGGGGCGGGGCGUGGCGUGGCCCACCGCACAACACAACACAACACCACACACCCUUUUGGAGCCACAUGCCGUCCGUCCGUGUGGUGUGUGCAUCAGGGGGUUCGCAAUGCACCCAGACUCAUUUCGGAGCUUUGCAAUGGGUGGGCGGGGCGGGGCGUGCACACAACACACAGACAGACAGACUGCCGCGUAUUCCUCACUGCACCGCUGCUGCUUGGUUGUGUUGUUGGUCUGUCUGUCUGUCUGUGUGUGUGUGUGUGUCAGAGAAUCCGUUUUGGCUGGACAGCCUGUCUCUGUCCGACCCUUAUGGGUUCAUGCCUCUGCUGCUGGUGGCCACGAUGCUCACCAACACGGAGCUCAACAACGCUUCCGAGAAACAGAUGGCCAACCAGAUGAUAGACGACGCCGAUCCCACCUCUCAGAAACGUAUGUAUGGCGUUCGUUCAGUUGCGAUCCUCUCUGCAUUGUCUGUCUGUCUGUGCGGUGUGAUGGGUCUGUCGCGUCGAUGGGCUGUCUUGCUGGCUGAUUUGGUUCAUUCUUUCAGUGACGGAUCGCAUCAACUGGAUGACGUGGAUUCUGCGGGGCGGCCAGCUGGUCUUCCUGUGGUUCAUGUGGAACAAACCGGCGGUAGGUGUGUGUGUGUGUGUGUGUGGACGCAUCGCAUGGAGCACUAUCUCUCUCGGCCUUUGUGUGUGUCUGUUUGUUGCUGUCUGUGUAUGUGUUUGUCAUCCAUCCCCCCUGUCAUCCAUCCAUCAGGGAUUGUUCUUCUACUCGUUGACCAACUCCACCUGCAGUCUCCUCCUCUCCGUCUCGGCACGACAUCCCUUCUUCGAAGAACUCUUCAGUGAGCAAGAGACAGACCUACACAGCACACCACAGCACAGCACACCCAUUGACUGACACACCCUCCCUCCCCCGGGGCAUGGCAUGUUGGUUUGUGUCUUGGAUCCAUUAGACCUGCCCCCCCUGAAGGCCCGCCUGCGUGCCGAGAGAGACCAGAUCAAGCAAAUGGUCGACCCCUUCAAAGCCCAAUACAUGGACGAGCUGCUCGAGGCAUCCUCGUCGCAUAAGGAUAGCGGAGCAGCAGACAAGAAGACGCCAUCGCUGCCGCUCAACGGCUCAGCCAAGGGCGGCAGCGGCCAGGCCGUCUUGCAGGGGGGCUCAGGCAACAUCCGAGCCCUCCCUCUGUCGGUGGCGGCAGCAGCGGCGAGCAAAGGCGGGUUCGUAUACGACGGUGGGUGGGGCGAGAGGGAGGGUGAGGGCGUCGGGGGGCUCACCAGCGGCACUGUGACAGCCACCAGACAAAGGGGGACGCCUGUGGUCACCAAGACACACACCGACAACGGCAGUGGCAGUGGCCAGGUCGCCCGGCGGUACUCGUACGUCACCAAAGGCACCACAGGUAGCGGCGGCACCACGAGUGAGGGAGAGGAGAAGGGCUAUGCGAUGAAGAGAAGAAAGAUCAAGGUGUAAAAACAGGUAGGGAGGGAGGGAGCGAUGGCAGGGGGAUGGUGGCCUGUGGAGGCGUGCAUGUGAGAGCGUGCCGCAUGGGAGGGAGGGUGUGCACUCGCUGAUUUUCCUAGUCAAGUCGCCAGCCAAACAGCAUGAUUCGAUUCAUGUGCACACACACAACACACGGCUCUGUCACAUCUCAAUUUUGG